CAUUACUUAUUACAAUUUCACAUUUUAUGAUAUUCACAGAACCGAAUAACCAGGGAGAGAGCGACGACGCUGCCCCGAAGGAGAAAGAAACAGAGGUUCCCGGUCACCAUACUUUCCGCCUCCGCCUCACCACCGUCUCUGUUGCCGCAGAUAGUUAUUCUUGCGUCGUGAGGGUUUGAAGGAGAAAGGGAUCAAAAUUUGUUAUUUAGCUUUCUCCUGUUGGUGUUGAUUUCGAAGAACAAUGUCAGUGACAGCAGGUGUUAGUGAUACGGUAAUAGCUGUAAGGGAUAAGCUUAGAGGUAAAAUUGGCCAAACAAAAGUUAAGCGUUAUUGGCCUGGUAAAGUUCCUGAAUGGGCUGAUGAGGAGAAUGAAGAUGGUUCUGGUGAUAUUAGGUCCACCAGGGAAGCUGCUUUGGAUAAAGCGUUUCCUCGUCAUGAAGAAGAUACUGCUAUUGUUAGGAAAGAUGAUCGUAGGCUUCGUAGAUUGGCCGAGAGUCGAAUAGAUAACCGUGAGGAAGUUAGAGCGGAUCAUCGCCGUAUUAGGCAGGCUGAGAUUGUUUCUACCAUUGAAGAGGAGGCGAGGAGGCAGGAGGGGUUGGAUUUGGAAGAACAAGAUGAGGAUGCUAUGGCGGAGAGAAGGAGAAUGCUUAAGGAGAAGUUGCUUCAGAGAGAGCAAGAGGAGGCUCUUCCUCAGGAAGAGGAAGAGGAGGAGGAGGAAGAAGAGGAGGAAGAGGAGUCAGAAUAUGAGACUGAUUCUGAUGAGGAAUAUACGGGAGUAGCUAUGGUGAAGCCUGUGUUUGUUCCCAAGUCGGAGAGAGAUACCAUUGCGGAGCGUGAGCGUCUUGAAGCGGAAGAGGAGGCUCUUGAGGAAGGAAGGAAAAGGAGAUUGGAGCAAAGGAGGAUUGAGACGAAGCAGAUUGUUGUUGAGGAGAUACGGAAGGAUGAAGAAAUCCAGAAAAAUGUUGAAUUGGAGGCAAAUAUUGCUGAUGUGGAUACUGAUGAUGAAAUCAACGAGGCAGAGGAAUAUGAAGCUUGGAAAGUGAGAGAGAUUGGUAGGAUCAAGAGGGAUAGAGAGGAUCGGGAGGCUCUGUUGAAGGAAAAAGAAGAGGUUGAGAGGGUGAGGAACAUGACAGAGGAAGAAAGGAGAGAGUGGGAAAGGAAGAAUCCAAAACCUUCUCAAUCGUCAAAACAGAAAUGGAGAUUUAUGCAGAAAUACUAUCACAAGGGUGCUUUCUUCCAGUCUAAUUCUGAUGAUCGAGCCGCCACUGCUGGAACUGACAAUAUUUUCACACGUGAUUUCUCAGCCCCAACUGGGGAAGAUAAAAUGGACAAGACAAUAUUGCCUAAGGUUAUGCAAGUCAAGCACUUUGGUCGUAGUGGAAGAACUAAAUGGUCACAUCUGGUCAAUGAGGACACUACUGAUUGGAACAACCCGUGGACUUACAAUGAUCCACUACGUGCAAAGUAUAACGAGAGAAUGGCAGCAAUGAAUGCACCUAUAGCAAAGCCUAAAGGAAGCAAAAAAUUGAAGGAUUGGGAAUCUCGGUGAAUUUGAAGUUCAGAAAUAAUGUAUGAAGACAUUGUCUGUCCUUUGGAUAUUUUGAUUACUGAAAACACUAGAUUAGCUAUGCCUUACCCUAUGUAUACUUCUGUUCUAUCUUUUAACAGAAAAUGAAAGUAGUUAGUUAUGGCUUAAGCAUGCAUGAUUGGAUCAUUGAGCAAUUUAGGCAAAUUGGAAUUUAUGGCUAGUUCAUCUGCUUAUUCUUCCUCACAUGAUGAAGGGAGUCACAUGGCUGAUUAAGAGUCCUGCCAAUUUAAUUUGUUUAACCACUUAGGACAAUGAUUUCCUCCCUUGUUUGUCAUCACAAUGGCAUUGUUACUGGAUGUUAUGUUAUGAGAAUUAUAUUGAGUUUGCCUA